AUGCGCGAAAUCCCCUUAUUCUGUGAUGCCCUUCCGUCGAAAGUUGUGGAAAAGAUUGUUUCCCACUUGCCGCUUUCCACAGUCGCCGAAUUGAUGAAAUCGGAGAAUACAAAUCUCGCUUUGGUGGCAUGGAGACGCUACUACUCAAGCAUUAAAUUGACCUUUGACAAACUGUCAUUCGAAGGUGCCCACUCCCGUAUAGAUGAUGAGGUCCUCAGCAUGAAAGUUUCUGACUUUGAAGCUUUGGUAAACAGCGAUAUGUUUGACCAGCUUCGCAUUACAAAGCUCUUGAUAAAGGUACAUACAGACAUCGAAGAAGACGUCGAUGAUUUUACAUUUCUCCACGAAAAAGUGUUCACCAAAGUGUCUUCAGUUGUUUCCAAUGUUGUUCUAGAGUUUGAAGCGAACUCUGAAUGGUAUACGGUAUUCGGCUGGGACUGGUUGCCGUCUUCGCCACUGGUUCAGAAGUGCAUCCGAGAAAUAUCCGUUUCGCAUGCUUAUAUUGAUCCGGACGUGCCAUCUUUGCCAUCCAACUUACGCAAGCUUGACUUUCAGCAUUAUUACCAAUAUGAGUUUGAUGAUGAUCCUAUUUCUCCAAGGAUUGUCUUUCCACCGUCUCUCCAAGAAUUUUAUUCGAUGAUCCCCUGGGGAUCGAUGUCAACGUAUGCCAACCUCCCUUCAACCUUAAAGAGAUUGAAGUUAGAGAAUGUCUCGGAAUUUUCUGUCAAAGCCUUCAAUGAGCUAAAGUUGCCCAAUUUGAAAGACUUGAUACUUAGAGACAUUUUAAGAAUGACAGAGGUCAACGAGCACUUUAAAUUUCCCUCGCUGUUGGAGAAUUUAAAACUUGCGUGGUUGAAAAUUACUAUCUUUGAACAACGGGAAUUGCCUCCAGGGUUGCAAAAGUUAUCCAUCACUAAUUGUCCUCUAAAGAAGUUUCAUGUGGGUACAUUUCCGAAUUCCCUCAAAGAGUUGAUCUUAGAAAAUACGAAUCUUCCAUCAUCCGAAAUCCACAAGCUCAAGCUUCCAUCGAGCUUGAGAAUCUCCUGA